AUGGUCACCUCCGGCGCCGGCACCACGGCAGGCACUGAAAACACCGACGGUUUCCUCAAAACUCCCUCCAAAGCACCUUCGGGUGAAAGUUCCGCUUCCAGGAGACAGAUGCAGAAGCAGCAGCAGCACCAAUCCAUGAAUACUUCUAACAAGUCCGCUUUCGAAUUUAAGAAGAGAUUCGAGGCCUAUAAUCUGCUGCAGGCCGCUGCCGUUGCGUUUGGGGAGAAAUUCCCAAUUCCAGAGAUUGUCGCUCUCGGAGGCCAGUCGGAUGGUAAGAGUUCACUGCUCGAAGCCCUCCUAGGGUUCCGCUUCAAUGUGCGGGAAGUUGAAAUGGGCACCCGACGUCCACUUAUGCUGCAGAUGGUUCAUGACUCCACUGCUCUCGAGCCGCGAUGCCGGUUUCAGGAAGAGGAGUCUGAAGAAUACGGGAGUCCUAUUGUAUCAUCUACUGCAAUUGCAGAUACCAUAAAGUCUCGUACUGAAACACUUUUAAGGAAGACCAAAACUGCAGUUUCAUCCAAACCAAUUAUAAUGAGAGCAGAAUAUGCACACUGUCCUAAUCUCACCAUCAUCGAUACUCCAGGCUUUGUUCUAAAGGCAAGGAAAGGUGAACCUGAGAGUACACCGGAUGAAAUUUUGUCAAUGGUGAAGUCCUUAGCUAGUCCACCACAUCGCAUUCUUCUGUUUCUUCAACAGAGUAGCAUUGAGUGGUGCUCGUCUUUGUGGUUGGAUGCUAUCCGUGAAAUAGAUCCAGCCUUCAGACGCACUAUCAUUGUUGUCUCCAAAUUUGAUAACCGCCUUAAGGAGUUCAAUGACCGUUGGGAAGUGGAUCGCUAUUUGAGUGCAAGUGGAUACCUUGGGGAGAACACUCGACCCUUUUUUGUUGCCCUGCCAAAAGAUAGAAGCACAGUUUCUAAUGAUGAGUUCCGUAGGCAAAUAUCUCAGGUGGAUGCAGAAGUAAUGUGCUAUCUACGUGAUGGUGUUAAAGGUGGAUUUGAUGAAGAGAAGUACAAAUCCUACAUAGGUUUUGGUUGUCUCAGAGAUUAUUUAGAAUCUGAACUCCAGAAGAGGUACAAAGAAGCUGCCCCUGCCACGUUGGCUAUACUAGAACAGCGCUGCAGUGAAGUGACAGCUGAUUUGGCCAGAAUGGAGGGCAAGAUUAAGGCAACUUCUGAUGUCGCUCAUCUUCGCAGAUCUGCCAUGUUGCAUGCUGCUUCUCUCUGCAACCAUCUGGAAGCACUUCUUGAUGGAGCAGCAGAUCCACCACCGGAGCAAUGGGGGAGAACAACAGAAGAAGAAAAAUUGGAGAGUGGUAUAGGUGGUUGGCCUGGUGUUACAACAGAUACAAAGCCUCCCAAUGCAACUCUUCGUCUUUAUGGGGGUGCUGCAUUUGAGAGAGUGGUGCAUGAGUUUCGCUGUGCAACAUAUUUCAUGGAAUGCCCAGUAGUGUCAAGGGAGAAGGUCGCCAAUAUCUUGCUUGCACGUGCUGGUAGAGGUGGAAGUAGAGGACUUACAGAGGCAGCUGCAGAGAUUGCACGGGCUGCAGCUACGUCAUGGCUUGCUCCUCUUCUCGACACAGCAUGUGAUCGGCUUGCUUUUGUUUUGCGCAAUCUUUUUGAUAUUGCUAUUGAGAGAAAUCGCCAUCGUCACUCAGGAUUCAAGCUUUUGAAGACCCCUGCUGCUUUGGUUUUAGAGUUAGGACCAUCCAUGAGCGAUCUUGCCAAGCAGUGCAAACAAGCAGUUCGACACCAUCUAGAUUCAGUUACUAGCCCAUACUCUGUGGUUUGCUAUGAGAGCGAGAUACCAGGGAGUUACAUUUCAGGCAUAAAUUCAAUUUAUCGAACAAAUCAAGUGUCAGCGGGGUUGUUUUGUCUUGAUCUGUCUGAUGCGGGACCUGUAUCACGCAAGGAAAUCAGUAAUGACCAAGAAAACAUUCCCCCAGAAAAGAAUGAAAUCACUCCAGGAAAAGUGGCUGAUUCUAGAGAAGCUCUUCGAGAAAGUCAGAUGACUGUGCCUGAGACCCCGUCACCUGACCAGCCAUGUGAUGGAAACUAUGCAGUCAAAAAGGAACUUGGCAGUUGUGUUGAAGCCGGAGCAAGAAAGCGCCAAGCUAGAAUCAUAGGCAAUAACAGAAAUAUGGAGCAUUUCAGGAUCCAUCAUGGUGGUAGCCUUCUGUUUGGGACUGGGGAUACUGCUUCCAGAUCAGGAUCAACUUACACAGAGAUAUGUUCAACGGCUGCCGAGCAUUUUGCUAGAAUUCGUGAAGUUCUGGUUGAGAGGGGUGUGGCAUCAACUCUAAACUCUGGCUUUUUAACACCUUGCCGAGAGCAACUUAUUAUUGCACUCGGGUUGGACUUGUUUGCUGUGACUGAUGAGAAAUUUAUGGACAUGUUCGUUGCCCCUGGAGCAAUUGAUUUACCAGCUGGGACUGGGAAUCGUACUGUUAUAGGAGUUGACAAUGCUCAUUCCAUGUGUGAUUAA